UUUAAUGUAUAGUAGUGUGGUGUUCAGUCGCGUAUAACAGUGUUAGUGUCGAGUGUAAUAUGAAUGUUCGAACCACCAUUCGCUGUCAUUAAUCACCGUCAUCACCAUCAUCACGUACACCACCACUGUCAAUAAGAACGUGACACCACUAUCAUUAAGAACACUACCACCACCACCACUAUCAUUAAGAUGUAGCUCCCCUCCCCCUUCCACUCGUCCCUCCCCCCUGGUCUACCUAUAGAGGUGUCUGAAUCGCGGGAUGAGGAGGCAGUGUGACAUCGACUCAAGGCUGUCACCUGAAUCGUGAAGAUGGCUCAGACAGACAUCCUGGUUUUCGCCUUGGUGUGCCUACUCGCAGCUGGCUCCUACGUGACCCAGUCGACCACGGUGUCAAUCUCCCCGUGGACCGUGGACACAAACUCCUCGUGGAGCAACGUCUCAAGCAGCAGCCAAACGUCGGUGGGCAACAGCUCCACCACCAUCGCCGCCGACCUCACCUCCAUCGCCGCCGGCAACUCGUCCACCACCUCCACCACCAUCGCCGCCGACCCCACCUCCAUCGCCGCCGGCAACUCGUCCACCUCCACCACCACCAUCGCCGCCGACCUCACCUCCAUCGCCGCCGGCAACUCGUCCACCACCUCCACCACCAUCGCCGCCGGCAACUCGUCCACCUCCACCACCAUCGCCGCCGACCUCACCUCCAUCGCCGCCGGCAACUCGUCCACCUCCACCACCACCAUCGCCACCGGCAACUUCUCCAGCUCCACCAUCGCCGCCGACCUCACCUCCAUCGCCGCCGGCAACUCGUCCACCUCCACCACCACCAUCGCCACCGGCAACUUCUCCAGCUCCACCGUCGCCGAUUCCACCACCAUCGCCGCCGGCAACUCCUCCACCUUCACCACCAUCGCCGCCGGCAACUCCCUCACCACCAUCGCCGCCGGCAACUCGUCCACCACCUCCACCACCUCCACCCCCUCCCCUAACACCGGCGGCGGCAACUCCACCUCCAACUCCACCUCCAACUCCACCUGGACGGGCCCCGGCGCCGGCAACUCCUCCACGUCCGCCGGCAACUCCACGGCUUUGGUGAACUCGACAGCCGUUCCAACCACCAUGACCACCGCGAAGAGUUCAUGCCCACAAUCUACCCGUGGCAGUGUGACCGUGUGGAGUUUCGUUCCAGCGACUCUCAUCAGCACUGUGCUGCUGAUGAGAGAGUGGAGUGGCCUGCCAGGCCUAUCGAGCAAUGCUGGAUUAUAAAUCACAGACACUCACACACACAGACAUACACACAUUAUAACGCACACACAUUAUAACACACACAUUAUAACACACACAGACAUUAUAACACACAGAGACACACACAUUAUAACACA